AAAGAGCUCGCGUGUGAUGUGUUUGUUUGUCCUCAGUGUUUUUCUCUCUUGAGUGUUUACAGAGUCUUGUCUCUGUGUAUUUUAGUGUUGAUGAUGGAUGUGAUGUGCUGUAAAUCAGUAGGAACUGAUCUGUCCAUGCUGGAUAUUGAUGAUUUCAUCACAGAAAUCUCUCAGCUGAAGAAAGAGGUGGCGUUACUGGAGACAAAGCUGAGGUUAAGAGGAGAUGAAGGACUGAAGAGAGAGGACUCCGAGCUCAGUCUGACUUUACUCUGUUAUACUGAGUCAAAGCCCACAGACGCUCAGGACACUACAGUGUGUGACAGUAAUCAGGGCUUACAGGAUGAGGAAUCUACUGAUCAAACCUCCACAGAGUCUCUGGAUUCUGUCUGGAACGCUGGAGAACAGCAGCAGAUCCUGCAGACCAAACUCAAGAUGUGUUCAGUCAAACUCAUCGACUGCACAAACCUCACGAUGGAGAUCAAAACAAAACCCACACCAGAUGAAUAUGAAGACAAUCAUAAUGUUCAUGAGUUUAUUCUGUCAGAUGUGAAGAGUGUGAAGACUUCCUGCAUCGCCAAUGAAGAGACAUUGAGCUCACAGAGACAUUCAGAGAGAAAACACACAGAACAGAAACUCUGCACCAGAUCUGAGAUCAGCUUUACUACCUUACAAGAGAAGAAACUUCAAUCAGAAGAGGACACAGAGAAGAAGAAGCAGUUUCACUGUGAGCAGUGUGGGAAGGUUUGUGGCUCUUCCUCUAAUCUAAAGGUUCACAUGAGGACACACAGUGAUGUAAAGUCUUUCCACUGCACUGAAUGUGGCAAAUACUUCACCACCAAACGAAGUCUUGAUGUUCAUAAGAGAAUUCACACAGGAGAAAAGCCAUACGAGUGUCCUCACUGUGAGAAGAGAUUCUCAGAAAACACCUGUUUGAAGAGUCAUGUGCGUAUACACACCAACGAGAGACCAUAUAAGUGCAGUCAAUGUGACAAAGCCUUUAGGGAUUCAGGUUGUCUAAAGUCACACAAAAAAACACACUCUGAUAAACUCUAUCAAUGUUCACACUGUGAUAAACGUUUCAGUCUAAAAUCUUAUCUGACCGUCCAUGAAAGAAUUCACACCGGAGAGAAACCUUACUACUGCUCGAUUUGUGAAAAGAGCUUCACUGCUCUAAGUGCUAUUAUUGUUCAUCAGAGAAUUCACACUGGAGAGAAACCUCAUCACUGUAAUCUUUGUGGGAAGAGUUUUACUCGAUAUGACAAUUUUGUGAAACACACGAGAAUUCAUACAGGAGAAAACCCUUUCAAAUGCUCUCAGUGUGAGAUGAUGUUUACUGAGUUAGGUCACUUGAUAACCCAUGAGAGAGAUCACAUUGGAGAAAAACCUUUCUUCUGCUCAAUCUGUAGAAAGAGCUUCCCUGAUCCAUCUCAUGUCAAAGUUCAUCAGAGAGUUCCUACUGGAGAGAAACUUCAUCACUGUAGUGUUUGUGGAAAGAGUUUUAGUCGACAUGACAGUUUGGUGAAUCACCAGAGAACUCAUACAGGUGAGAAACCUUACAAAUGCUCUUAUUGUGAGCAGACAUUUGCUCUUUCACAGACCCUAAAAGUCCAUGAGAGAAUUCACACCGGAGAGAAACCUUACGUCUGCUCGAUCUGUGGAAAGAGCUUCUCAAGUCCAUCUAAUUUCAGACUUCAUAAGAGAGUUCACACUUGUGAGAAACCUCAUCACUGUAGUGUUUGUGGGGAGAGUUUUAGUCAACCUCAAAAUGUAAUAAAACACCAGAGAAUUCAUACAGGUGAAAAACCUUACAAAUGCUCUCAUUGUGAGAAGACGUUUGCUCGAUCAGAUGGCCUGAAGACCCAUCAGAGAGUUCACACUGGAGAGAAACCUUACCAGUGCUCAAUCUGUGGACAGAAAUUUGCCUAUUCUGGACAUUUUCACGCUCAUCAGAGGAAACAUACUGAAAAACAACCCAGCUAAAAGAAAACAGUUUAAGAAUGUUCCUUGAAAAUUCCCCAAAAUGUUAACAUAACAUAAAUAUAAAAAUUGUUUUAAAAACAAUGGUGUCAUGUGUCAUUUUUUAAUGUUCACACAAAACAACAACUGUUUUUAUAUUGACUUGUUUGCUUGUUA